CUUCAAGUAUGAGUCAGAGUUAACCAUGUAGAGGAAAGGAGAGGGUGAAUGUUCUAGAGAGCAAGGUCAUUGUGAGAGAACAAGGUGGCACUGCUGAAACAUAACGUGUGAAUGAGGGAGUGGGCCGCAGGGCUGGGCUGUGAAGGGUCGUGAAGGGCUGUGUGGACCUCGAAGGGGCAGUUAUGGUGGGAGCCAUCCAAGGUGUCACAGGGCUGGGCUUUUCAUUUAACAAAUUUGUUCUGAUGGAUGUGUAUAGAAUAGCUUGGAAGAGUGGUUGAGACAUGAUACGAGAAGACCAUGAAGGAAGCCAGGAUGGAGUUGUAAAAUCUUGGGCCUCAGGACUAAAUAAUCCGUAACGUGUAAUAUGGAGCUUACAAUAGGGGUGCACUCGAGCCCUGUUUCUUCUCCUUCUGUGAGUGGACCACGGAGGCUGGUGAGCUGCCUGUCAUCCCAAAGCUCAGCUCUGAGCCAGAGUGGUGGUGGCUCCACCUCUGCUGCCGGCAUAGAAGCCAGGAGCAGGGCUCUCAGAAGGCAGUGGUGCCCAGCUGGGAUCAUGUUGUUGGCCCUGGUCUGUCUGCUCAGCUGCCUGCUACCCUCCAGUGAGGCCAAGCUCUACGGUCGUUGUGAACUGGCCAGAGUGCUACAUGACUUCGGGCUGGACGGAUACCGGGGAUACAGCCUGGCCGACUGGGUCUGCCUUGCUUAUUUCACAAGCGGUUUCAAUGCAGCUGCUUUGGACUACGAGGCUGAUGGGAGCACCAACAACGGGAUCUUCCAGAUCAACAGCCGGAGGUGGUGCAGCAACCUCACCCCGAACGUCCCCAACGUGUGCCGGAUGUACUGCUCAGAUUUGUUGAAUCCUAAUCUCAAGGAUACCGUUAUCUGUGCCAUGAAGAUAACCCAAGAGCCUCAGGGUCUGGGUUACUGGGAGGCCUGGAGGCAUCACUGCCAGGGAAAAGACCUCACUGAAUGGGUGGAUGGCUGUGACUUCUAGGAUGGACGGAACCAUGCACAGCAGGCUGGGAAAUUCCUGACCUAGGCUUGGGAAGACAAGCCAGCGAAUAAAGGAUGGUCGAACAUGAAUACGGCUCUCAGCUCUCAGUGUGUCUGCAGGUGCCAUGUCAGAGCCAGAGCACCUCCGUUUUCCCUCACCUCACCUGUCCGCUUGGGCUGGGUUUCCAGUGGACUCCAGAAAGCCCAGCACCAGAGGCUUACCUCCAUUUCUGGUGGCCUGUGGGCAGGUGUUUGGGGGGGGCACCAGUGCAUUUUUUGUCUACCACACCUGGCAAAUUUGGGUCUAGGGUGGCCAGAUUUAACAAAACAAAUACAUAAGA